CAAUUCCAGAGGAGAGUACGGUGCCAAAUUUACAGUGAUCUACACAAUUAUUCUUUCGGUCCGGUAAGCUAGCGUCGAAAAAGACUCGUGAUCGAUCAAUGUCGUAAGGCACUCUGGUCGUUGUGCCACACAACACACACACACAAAGCCGCCAACAAGAACAGCAACGCCUAUUCUAUCCAAACACUAACCACACAGUCGCACAAAUAAAGGGGUGUGGGAGCAGCGGGGGGUAGCGAAAAGCAGAACUCGAGUUUGUCAUUGACUGGCGCAGUUCGCCGAAAGAGCGGAACUGGGUUUGCUGUCAAACCGGUGUUUCCGUGCGUGCGAACGUAACGUGAAGCAAAGUCUCGCGCAUUCCGCAACUACUAUUUUCAUACAGACACGGCUACGUCGGAUUACUACGUUUUCGAUACAAUCGUACGGGAGACAACCGUUCCAGUCAUGCCACCGUCCUUGAUUCCGAUUCCACGUCCCCACGAAGCACUCCGGGAGGACGUCCGGGAACGUCCCGAACUCGUCAUUCCCACCGUGGGUGCCGAGUCCACGGCACUCUGUACCGGUGGGAGGGUCUUGGGACGCAAUACGCGUACAGGGAUUGCCGAUUCCGGCUUGUGCCGACGCGUGGCGUGCAUCGCUUCCGACGCGGCGGCCGUCCGUAUUCAAGGACUCACGGACACGUCCACCUACACCGUCGGUGACACAGUUUACCGGGGAACCGCCGUCGUCACGCUCGUUGACGGGGAUGUCUUGCGCUUGGUGCCGGAUCGUCCUCAUCAACCCUGUUGUGACUCGUCCACGGAACCCAAAAUCACGUACGAUUACACCGUUCGUAUUCCACCACGGACGGUGCACGAUCCCACCGCGGCAGCCAACAAGGAGUGUUCACAGUCAACGCUGGCCAACGCACCGACUUGUACGGACACUCCUCCGCGCAAACGGCGGCGUCACCAAGCAUCUCACGUCUCCGAAGUCACACUCGUUGAUCCACUGCCAUCCUCGAGAUCCACUGUCUCGUUCAAGCCGGUGCCUAAUCCGGCACACGAAGAAUUCACUUGUCCCUGUUGUUUGGAAAUAAUCGUGCACGCCACCACACUGGUCCCCUGUGGACACACAUUUUGCCGCGCCUGUUGGGUGGAUGGACCAACCUGCCAUGCCUGCCGGGCACCGUGUCAAGGGACCGUGGCGUGUCGUGCCCUCGACAAUGCCAUCGAAAGUCUCGUGCGACAAGGUGCGGGCUUUUUCACAACCGGCGAUGUGGAAUACUACCGGGUGCGACGGGGCCUGACCGUACCGGAGCAUGCGGCGACCACCUCUUCGCGUCGUCGACGUCGACUUGGGGCUGAAUCCAUCGCGGAUCAUCCACCGAUCGUAUAUCCGUUGCCGCCGGGCGACACGUCCGUGGGGACGACCAUUCAAGAUGCCAUUUGCAUCGACUAGUUGUCCGUACACUGGGAAUGUCGUUACGAUCACAAGAUGCUGCAUCGGCGAACAAUCCUCGCUGGACUAAAAUUGUACACUCAUUGAUAGUGAAUGAGUGCGGCUAGGGCCUGACCGUCCAACAAGGCGGCGGCAGCCCACACUGCACCUUUUUCCAAGUUCUUACAUUCGCAAGUUGAAUAUGGCAAUUGCCACCAUUGACCGCUCCUUAUAAAUAUAGUAGAGAAGUGUUGACUAUUA